GAGCCAGGGACGGAGCCGUGGGGUCAUGCGCUGAGCCACGAGGGGCGCGAUCCGGCCGGACCCAGCCGAGUGCAGCUCGCCGCCCUGCUCCCUGCUGGCCAGCAUGUCUUUCGUCCCUGUGGCCGAGGAUUCUGACUUCCCCAUCCAAAACCUGCCCUACGGCGUCUUUUCCACCCCAGACAACCCGAGACCGAGGAUCGGCGUGGCCAUUGGCGACCAGAUCCUGGACCUCAGUGUCAUUAAGCACCUCUUCACUGGGCCUGUCCUCUCCAAGCACCAGGAUGUCUUUGAUCAGCCGGCUCUCAAUAGCUUCAUGGGCCUCGGCCAGACCGCCUGGAAGGAGGCGAGAGAGUCCUUGCGGAAUCUGCUGUCCACAAGCUGUGCCAGGCUCCGAGACGACACGGACCUUCGGAGACGGGCGUUCACGGCCCAGGCUUCUGCUGCGAUGCACCUGCCAGCCGCCAUAGGUGGCUACACGGACUUCUACUCCUCCCGCCAGCACGCCACCAACGUGGGGAUCAUGUUCCGGGGCGGCGAGAACGCGCUCAUGCCAAACUGGCUGCACUUGCCAGUGGGUUACCACGGCCGUGCUUCCUCCGUCGUGGUGUCAGGCACGCCGAUCCGAAGGCCCACGGGGCAGAUGAGGCCCGACGACGCUAAGCCCCCCGUCUUUGGCCCCUGCAAGCUCCUGGACAUGGAGCUGGAGAUGGCUUUCUUCGUAGGUCCCGGGAACAACUUGGGAGAGCCGAUCCCCAUCUCCAGGGCCCACGAGCACAUUUUCGGGAUGGUCCUCAUGAACGACUGGAGCGCUCGAGACAUCCAGAAGUGGGAGUACGUCCCCCUUGGGCCGUUUCUGGGGAAGAGUUUCGGCACGACCAUCUCUCCGUGGGUGGUGCCCAUGGACGCCCUCCUGCCCUUUGCCGUGCCCAACCCGGAGCAGGACCCUAAGCCCCUGCCGUAUCUCCGCCACGACCGGCCCUACACGUUCGACAUCAACCUCUCUGUCAGCCUGAAAGGUACGCUCGGAGACUGUGUCCAGGUGGGCUCCUGGACUCCUGGGGGGCAGAGGGUGGCUGGUGAGAGGGUGUCUCCCACUGCAGCCUUAGAGCCCCAUGGGGGUCUUACAAAGGAAGGGGGGAAGGGACACCCUGCACGCAAAGCACAUGCCACACUGGGCCCACAGGACAUUGGUGACGUAUUGCUGAGCUCUCGACCCUUAGGGCCAGAAAGCACGGAGUCCGAAUCCCCUCUCCAGCACUGCCCCCCCACCCCAGCCAGGGUCACCCCAGCCUCCACUCACACACCACUGGUGACCCCUCCCUCGUGCCUGUCGGGAAACCUGGCUCUGCUCCCUGGGGCCACACACCCUGUCCCCUGCACCGUACCUCGGGUCAGCCCCGAGAGCCUCGCAGACGGCCCGGGCCCACGGCCCACAACCCCCGGUGGCUCUGCAGCUCAGCUCCGAAGGCCAGUAGAGCAUUACCUAGAAGCUCUUCCAGACAGUUCCCCAGAGCGCUUGUGCCAGUCCCUGCUCACGCUAGCAGCAGCCACCUUUCCUGUCCCCCUGUGUCCCCACCCUCAGUACAUGUACUGGACGAUGCUCCAGCAGCUGACCCACCACUCUGUCAAUGGCUGCAACCUUCGGCCAGGGGACCUCUUGGCUUCUGGAACCAUCAGCGGGCCGGAGCCCGAAAGCUUUGGCUCCUUGUUGGAGCUGUCCUGGAGGGGAACGAAGGCCAUCGACCUGGGGAACGGACAGACCAGGAAGUUUCUGCUGGACGGGGAUGAAGUCAUCAUAACAGGGCACUGCCAGGGGGACGGGUACCGCGUCGGCUUCGGCCAGUGUGCUGGGAAAGUGCUGCCCGCUGUCCUGCCCGCGUGAGGCUCUGCGCAUCCCGGAUGUGACCUCACCGCCCCUGCCCGGGGAUCCCCGCCGUCCGCGGCCGCGGGCCUGGCUCCUUGUUCAGUGGUAAAUAAAGCCGUCGCGCUCGGUGUCCAUGCUCGAA